UAUAGCGAGCCAACGUGAUUGCAUGCGGCAACAGGCCCAGAGCAGUCAGUCCUUAUAUAUUACUGUAUUCCGAAUAGUAGAGUUGGGCUUGCUUCGGAUUGGCGUUCAGUUCAUGUGUUAUCAUGUUUUUCUAAACAUAUAAAAUAGUCUAGGCCUAAAAAACAAAUGUGUGGAAGAACAGCUUGUACCCUUGAUCCAGACGAUUUACGAUGUGCCUGCGCUUAUACUAAUAGAAAAGGGCAAAGAAGACGGCCACAGUGGAGACAGCCACCAUCAUCGAAGGGAGGAGGAAACGCUAACAGCUACCAAGGCUCAAAUUCUAGUUCAGGAAGUAAUGGAAAGCAAGGAAAAACCAGGCAGUAUUUUCCAUCAACAAAUAUUAGUCCACAGUCUGUCACGCCAGUAUUAUUGUCAUCUAAACAUUUUGAUUCUGAUGUUGAAGCCGAUGAACAGUCAUUGACAACAAUGCAAUGGGGUCUUGUGCCUUCAUGGCAUAAAGGUGAUCCAUCUCAGGUAGCCUACAAGAUGAAUAACUGCCGUGGUGAAAGCAUGAUGAGUAAACCCAUAUACAAACGACCUUUUGAAAAGGGUCAGCGCUGUGUUGUUCUUGCAGAUGGAUAUUAUGAAUGGAAGUCAGUUACAGGCUCAAAAAAAAAACAACCAUAUUUUAUCUACAUGCCACAAAGCAAUGGUGAUCGCCUUUCCAAACUGCAUAUCGAAUCAAUGGAAAGUGACGCUUUUCCUAGAGAAAACCGUUUUCUUGAAGAAGGUAAAGAGGUUGAAGGUGAUGAUAAGUUUAAAGAAUGGACUGGACACCGGUUGCUGACAAUGGCAGGCAUUUUUGAUCGUUGGAUACCUUCAAACGAGGGUGAACCUCUCUACACGUAUUCAGUAAUUACUACAGAGGCAGUUGCUGAUAUGGCAGACAUACAUCAUAGGAUGCCAGUGAUCUUGGAUGGGGAUGACGAAAUCAGAGAUUGGCUUGAUUUUGGCUCAGUUCCUUCUACCGAAGCUUUGAAGCUUGUGAAGGGUGUGAAAUUUCUUCAGUUUCAUCCAGUGUCAAGUCAGGUUAAUAACUCGCGAUACCAUGGCCUAGAUUGUGUCAAGCCUGUUGAAGUUGGUAAGCCUCCUGAAUCAAAAAGUAGCAAUUUAAUGAGGUCAUGGCUAAAGAAAGGCUCAGAUACUCCAACAAAGAAAGACUUGGACUCUCCAAAAUUGAAAGUCACAGAUACUUCUGUGAAGAAAGAAAUUGACAUGAAACAAGAGCAUGUAGAUUCGCCGACAAAACGAAAAAAGUCGUUGAUGGAUGAGUGGAUAAAGAAAGGUCAAAGUCCACAAAAGAAAAUAAAAUAUGAAGAGAAUUUGUUGAGUAAUCUUAAUAAAGAAGAAGCAACAUAAGAAGUUAUAAGAAAAAUAUGUAUCCUUGUUUGAUUUUAAAAAGUAACAGAUUUAAUGAAGAAAAAAAAUUAUAUGGGAAAUGACUUUUAAGUGUACAUUUAAUAUAUAUAUGCAUUCUAUCACCUACUUUGAGGUUAUGUUUACCCUCUUUUAUGCUUUAUUUUAGAAGAAACAUAAAGAAAGUAGUCAGUAUGUGUUAGUAGUUAUUAUUAUUAUUAUGAAGUUUUGAUAAAACCAAGGUACUGUAUGCUUACUUUUUCUUUCCUUCAUGCUUUUGUUAAAUGCCAGUUAUAAUUAUCAGUACAGUUGUAACUUCAACAGUUACAACAGCAUUGUCUCAACCACCUAUAUAAAGGGGGGUGGGGGAGCUUAUUCUGCUUUAACAAUGGUGGUACCAGACUAAAUUAUGAACUGAAGAAAGUAAAAAUGUAGCUACAACAUCAAGCCUCAUAUAAACUGAUGAUGCUGACAGUCUACUUUGACAAAGCAUAACUUAUUUUUAUGAAAUUGAACAUUUUUAUAAUGUAUGAACUUAACCAGUGAAGAUUUCUACCAAUAGUAAUAGUUGUAUAUAAAUAUAUAGAAUCUGUGAAAAUUCUACUUAUGUACAUAUACUCUUGAUAUAGGUGAUAUUUUGAGGCAUGAUGACUCUGGCUCUUAUUUUGACACAGUUUGUCUUGUUUUGAAAUUCAAAUUGAAAUAUUGCAAAACAGUUAGGAUUGCUUUUGAACUUAUAAAUUCUAAAGAGUAAAAAUGCUUGUAUAGUGCAUAACAUUCUUCAAAACAGAAUAAAUGGUUGAAAUGGAAAAGAAAGACAAUUUUUAAUAUCAAAUCAUUAUAAUUACAUUUACUUCAGUAAUUAGUUAACUAUAUGCUGUCACUUAAGUAUAAUAUAAACUGUAUUUAUAAAAUUUAUUUUCAAUAAAUGAAUACCACAAUUAGACAAAGAAUCUUUAAAUAGUUUAUGAGAUUUCAGCUAAAUUUUAGAGCAAGUCUUCGGCAAUUAACUCAUGUUAACUUUAAAUGGUACCAUUCCUAUAGUCUACUAGUACAGUACUGUUAAAUUUCUGGCAAAAAAAUAAAAUAAAGAUUGUUGAAGUAGA